GGACUCAGACGGUAGUAGUAAAGCCCAGCUCGGGUCGGCCGAGCGCAAAUGUGCGCUCUACGUGCUGACAGCCGCGUUUCGUUCGAGCUGGUCUCACCUGAGAUCUCGUUCGCAGAUCACGAACAGCGUGUCUCUGAAGAAAGUAGUCGAAGGACCUUCGAACCGGGGAGAGAGAUGCGUCUGGCGUGACGGACGUCCGACGUACGGGAACCGUAUACAGGAGAGGACGUCUCUCCACCACAGUGAACAUCCCUUCGUUUCAGUGUGUGUCCGUCGUUCAGUUUCUCUCUCGCUCGCUCGGCUGUCUCGCUGAUUCUGUGUCUCUGCCUGUCUGUCUCUCUGUUACUCUGUUGUUUGCGUCUCAGUCACGUACACACAUACACAUACGUAUCGUCUCUCCCUCUUUGUCUCUCUCUCGACGUCGUCCCUCUGUCGGCCCAUCGACAACGAGGGGAUAAAAGUGGCGCGAGCACGGGCAGACCCAGCCGGAGACUGGCGGCGUCCGAGGCACUGGCGGAGCUGGUGAACGAGAUCAGGAUGAAAUCGAGGAGCAAUAUAGCUAUAUCGAUCCUCCAUCAAGAUCGUCGAAGUUACGAGGUCGUUAGAGAAGGUACGUUCGUGUAAAGAUCUCGGCGAAAGUUUGUCAUUUGCUGGUGGAGGAUUUAACAGCCUGCGGCAGGGCAGGUCUCGAAGCGAAGAAAGGAGAAGGCAGGAAGCGGAGGUGAAACCAGGUACAAGCUACCAGGAAGGCCUAGCGCCUGGCUGUUUAGUGGCUGUUGACAAAGGCGGCGGGGGGGGGUGACGGGUAACAGCACCUAAGGGCGGGUGGGGGGAUGCAGCUCGAAAGGGUGGCGGCAUGGAGGAGCCCUCGCUGGAGGCUCUCAUGCAGGCGGGCCUCAUCUUCGUGGUCAGUGUCGCCAUCAUCUUCUCGAAUCUCCUCAUCAUCGCCACCUACCUUAAUUUCCGUGGUCCCUCCGAGGUGAUAAACUACUACUUGCUAUCUCUCGCUUCGGCGGACCUUCUUUGUGGUCUGCUGGUGGUUCCGCUCUCGGUGUAUCCAGCGUUGGUACGACGAUGGGUCUAUGGGGACGUCGUGUGUCGUCUCGUUGGCUAUUUGGAGGUUACUCUCUGGGCGGUAUCUGUUUACACCUUUAUGUGGAUUUCUGUGGAUCGGUAUUUGGCCAUCAGGAAACCAUUGCGAUACGAGACCGUGCAGACGAAAACCCGAUGCCAGUGCUGGAUGGUCUUCACGUGGAUCAGCGUGGCGAUGAUGUGCUGUCCGCCUCUUCUAGGUUUCCAAAAGCCGAUUUUCGACCGGGAGGCGUUCAUCUGUAUGCUCGAUUGGGGCAACAUGGCUGCUUACACCAUCACACUGUCGAUCCUCGUGCUAGGCCCAUCGGUCAUCACCAUCGUCUACACCUAUUGCUACAUCUUCACGAUGAUGAGACGACUAAAAUCCGGCGUACUGAUUCACGACAAGGAGUACGCGACCGCGCUCUCGGAAAACUUGAGCAAUCCGAGUCAUAUCAUGUCCUUUGUCCUGGUGAUGACUUUUUGGGUGUCCUGGGCACCGUAUGCCGGUCUCCGGAUAUACGCUGUCGUUAACGGACCGCCGCAGGUGCCGUUUCUCCAUUUCGCGGUAGUGUGGUUGGGGGUGACGAACAGUUUCUGGAAAGCGGUGGUCCUUGGUACCCUGAGCCCGCAGUUUCGACUAGCGGCUCGUGUGCUCUGUCUAACGUUGUGCUGCCGGCACAGACGACUUCCGCCGGAGCUGCUCGGCCUCGACGACGACGAUUAAAAGCCAAACGCCUACGAGAACAAGAGAGGAAACGCUUUCCUUUUGCGCGCGAGCGUUUUACAACACGCGCCCCAUUCUUAGAGCAUCGCUUUUCAUCUCUCGGUAUUCGAGGUCGUUUCUUGCAUUCGCCACCGUUCUCUCGGAGUCUCCUUCGAAGGCUGAGACUGAGAUUCUUUGUUCCGAAAAGCGCUACCACGACGUCCGACGAGUAAGACGCGCGAUCAAUCUGGUCGCGUCUCAAAAUACGGAAUAAAUUUCAGGGAACUAGUAAAAAAGAAAUGACUUUUCACCAACGAACUUCUUCGAUAAGCGCCAAACUUUUCUGCCUCGAAAGAAGAAUACUUCCUUUUCAGUCACUGUUUCCUUGCAAAUGAUCGUUCCUUAGAGUCUCUGGAUAUUUAUCCGAUCCAUUUAUUUUCCGUUUCGCGUGGACGCGAUUCGAUUAAGACUAUUGCUUUCUGUUUCUCUUUCCGCGCCACAGGAGACAAAUUAUUCCUAGCCGAACACGAUUGAUCGGCCAAGUACAAUAACGUAAAUCUCUCCGUAAGAUCAACGAGCAAUCAAGCGCCACGAUAAUAAACCGAAACUUCGAAGACUAAGAUUUUUGCUAACUGAAUUACCAUUUGCCGUUAGAUCAGUUCGUCUCGAUUCAAACUGUCAAACCGCGUGUAAUUAAGAACCUAACGAACCGUUAAGACGAUUAGAGAAAAAGACGUUAAGAAAAUUAAGACGUCGAAAAAACGAGAAACGUGUCUGACAAAGACACGUGGUCGCUUCUUCGUCAAAACACUUCUUAUUCGAGUUAUUUAAAGAAAUCGCGUAAACUAUUAGGGUAUUGCUUUUUCUAUACGAUUUCGAUUGAAAUAUAAUCGAUUAUACGUAUAUACACACAUAUAAAUAUACAGAUGUGUACAUGUCUGUUAUUAAAAGAAUCCACGUUAUCGACAAAACGUGGGAACGAGCGUGGUGUAAGGCCGAAAGAAAGAAUCGAAGCUCAGUCUGGGGCGCGUUUGUCGCGCGAUCAAGAUUCUCGAAAGGGACGCGAUCCUCGUGGACGAAUCGUCGAUCGAACAUUCACGACGGACGACAUCCUGUUCGUUUUGGCGACGGUUCGCUCGACGCUGAUCGUUACAGUCCGGAUUAAUUAAAUCGGAGACGCCCUGUUUAUCUACUUUUUGCUUUUUUCCUUCUCGAAGAACGCUCUCGAAAGUCGACGAAACGCGGAGAGCUUUCUCGCGCGUUCCUCUCCUCUCGGUGGUUUCAGAAGAGCGUUCUCGGAAAACUAAUCGUUGCCUAUAUCUACGUGGUAAGAUCACGCUCAAACACAAUUAUCUUAGCGAGUCGCGAUAAAUUAACGUGUAAAAGUAUAACACGAGGACGAGCGAAGAGUCGCUUGCGAUCGCGUAGCAUCCUGCGCGAUUACGAAACUAAAAUCGAUCGAAGGAGGAUGCGAAGGGAAGAUGAUUAAGCAGGCGAACACAAAAUACAAGAGAACACUAGGUCAAUUAACGGAGAUGCCUCUACGAAUGCGACGCCGCGUCAAUCUGCGCGCCCGUAGAACGCCCAUGUGAAACAAAAACUCGCGGACGGGAUUUCGAUCGCGACGGUUAUACGCUUUUUUUAACGCGCUUCCUCCUCUACUCGGCCUCGCGAUCGGGCUCCCUUCCACUCUCUCUUUCUCGUUUUUAAUCAAACUUGGGCUGACACGUUUUACUUUUUCUUCUCCUUCGAAUUUCUUCUCUUGCGUCCAGUUAUUAAAUCCUCUUGCAAGUUUCUGUGGUUUUCAUCGUGUACGAACAUAAUUCUAUCGAAAUCGAACGUUUUUAUUUAAAGUGAUUUUCAUAAUUAUUACCGAAUUGUCGCAGAAAAUAUUUCUAAGUACCUCCUUUUCAUUCUAAUAUUUCCUUCGGUUUGAACAAACUGGAAGCUUCUAUUUGCUCACUUUUCACAGGUACAUUACACGACACAACUGAUAUCUCUUAAACGAUCGAAUCGUGUCGUUUGUAUCUGAUUUUUAGCAGUUCUUGCUUUAACGGAAGGCAAACCUCCUUGUUGGAGAAGAAAAAGAAUGGGAAGAUCCGAUUCGCCGGAUUGUGACUCGUUUUACAGCGCGAUUCUAGAUCUGCUUCUGAAAGUGAAGGACUUGCGGAGUUAGAAACUCGAUUAUCGAGCGUGAAACUCAAGCAGGCACGUGUUUCCAUCAUACGGGAUCGAAUUUCAAUUAAAAUGGUAAUCAAACUUUCACCAACGGCGCGUUACGAAAUUCUGGCCGCCGACGGAAGCAAUAAAUGCGCGAGAUUAAUUGAAUGGAAGUACAAGAAACUGCGAGAGAGCCGUGAACACGGGUCGAAGGAAGCAACGUCGUUAUAUAGUUGUCGGAUCGUGGAUCGUGUUAAAGUUAAAUCGCCAUUAUUCCAUUUUCCGGUCAAACCGUCGCGUCAUGGGCCGUCCGCUGCGAAAAUCUAAUUUAAAACUCGCCCCCGUUUCUUACUCAAAGGGAAAUCGACCGACAUGAAACGCAACGCAAAAACUUAGCGAAAACCGUUUCUCGUGGGUGGAGAGAAAGCAACGGCUAUUAAUAAAACGCGAGAUUCAUUUAUAAACCUGGCCAUUUCUAUAGCGAAUAAAGUCCACUGUUUGAGUACCGCGGUUACGAAUGUUUCACGGCUACGCGGCUUUUAUAUAACGGAACUUCCCGCGACGUUUCCGUCAUGGCGAUAUUUAUGCCUCAACAGUGUGCGUGUUAUACGUAAUUGGCGAUGAAAAGCUGCGUGUAAUUAACCGUUUCGUUAAGCAGAAUAUCGCGGAUAUCUUACGACGGUUUAAAUUCAAUUCAGAAAUGAAUUGUAUAUCGAAGAGAGUAAUUUGACGCAGGUAGAAGUUCCGCGUUUUUACUUUCGUAUCUUAUUUCGUUAUUGCAUAUUCUUUAGCUGGUCUACAGUGGCGAUAUUUAAUCGUUGAAAAAGAUGAAUAUAUGAAAAAAGAGGGAAUACAAUUCGAAACACUUGGAUCGAAGAACGACGUGUCGCUCGAAAGUUAAUUAGCGUCGCUUCAAAGUUACAGGCUAUUCAUCGAUUUCUGUGUAUGUAUGUUCUCAAGGUUUAGAAUGGUCUCAGAAGCAGAUAUAGCAUCGGUUGAACAGUAAGUUUUUAUUACUCGUCUGAUCGUACAGCGAAGGAAAAAGGAUUAUGCGUUGAAUUACACGCUUCGUAUCUACUUCGUACAAAUUAUCUGAAUUAUAACAAGUACGAGAAAAGAAACUAAAGAAAAAAGAGAAAGAGAGAGAGAGAGAUAGAGAGAGAAAAAAAAAGCACAGCAAAAUAUUGUUCCCGCUACGCUCCAAAAAGCGAUGCUCACGCGCAAGCAAGUGGGCAAGAUCCUGAGAUUUCUUGAAUGGUGAACGUUAACCCUUUAAAGAAGAAAUCCAAUACGCAAAUCGGUGUCUAGAAAGUCUCAGCUUCUACUCUAUUUUUUACUCUAGACUUCGUGUUUUAUUAAACUAUAAGGCUCUUCUAAUAAAUAAAUCGUAAGCGGACGCCCCGGUCGGGGCUACGAAUACCAUUAGAUGCGCGACGGUAAUUUAUCGUGCCAUUUUGAUAUACCAAGCUAUAAGUUAAAGGGUUAAGGUGCCCGGAAGUGCUCUGAAAACGCAGAUGUUAAGGUGCGGAGCGUCGAAACGUUCUUUCGAUAAUUUACCAUCGCUAAUGCGUCACAUUGAUCGAAUUAUUAAACGGAAUUAUGGCGAUUAUUCGAUGGAAUGAGAAAUUUAUCGUUGAAACGAAUUGAAAAUAACGAGAGCACGGUUCUCUGAUGUUCUCUGAUGUCAAGAUGUCUUAACUGUAGAACCGAAUCGAAGCAAAUUUUGGGCUACGUUAUAGUUGAAACUUUAGCUAUGUAAAACAGCACCCCGGCUAAAAUGCAACAAGAUAAAAAGCGACGCGACGCCAACCUCUUUGUUAAUUGCCGGCUCGUUGUUCGACGGCAGCUCGGCCGACGAAUUGUUCGACAAAUUUUAACGAUUGUUAUGCGACGUGUAUCGUCGUUAAUUGUUUACCACGAACGAGCAACGUGUCAUGCGAGUUAUUUACCAGUGCGAUGAGUCACGGUAUCGAUAUUCACCGUUCUUCCAAGUAUAUCUGUUGCGAAGAACAUCGAUGAAUCCCAAUUAAGAUUUAUCCUAAGAUACACACGUCCAUCCCUGUUUGAAGAUCAAAAGCACUUGCGAAUUUUUACCUGUUCACGACAACGAAGUAUUUUUCGAACGAACUCGCUUCGUUCGCACUUCAUUCGAAUGCUUUGUAUAACUCGCGAAGUCAAAGCAAUAAUAAGCGGUACGAUAUAGUGUUGAUUUAACGCAGUUAAAUGAUUAAUUCCUUUCUAACGAUGAUUCGUAAAUGAGUUGAGGAGGUAAUCGUGAAGGAGGGUACCGUCACCCGUCGUAUUGUUAAUAAUUCCAAUAAAAUUGAUUGAACAAAAACGCAACAGUUUUGUCUAUGUUUCGUUUCUUUUUCGUUUCGCGAGAUAUUUUUAUUUCUGUGUAAUGUUUCCGCAAAUUCUUUAGCCGGGGUUGAUCGUGGCGCAUAAAUGAAAAAAAGAAAGAAAAAAAGAACGAAGAAAAUGUUAUGAUUUUGCUGCGAAUGUCUCUUCGUGUAUGUAUGUACAUAUUAGAUCGCGCAUGCCACGAUUCUUUCGUCCAAAUCCAUCGUUACGCGCUUUAAACUUUUACGAUGCAACGUCCCGGGUGCACGCCGACACAGGGAUAAGCGCCCACCUGGCCCGGAUGAAUGUUCCUUCCGCGAUCAGGCAAUUCCAUCGAGUGUCCGCCGUAUUCAUUUUCAUAGUGUCGACAGAGAUUCAUUUGGUAAAAAGAAUUUUGUAAAUUCUAAACUGCUUUCAAACGGGUUUUGUGACGAUGAAGUUCUUUUGCUUUUUGCAAGAACGUUCGAUGUAAUUGUUUAAGCGUUAUUUAAACGUGAAAUGAUUAUUUGAGCUGAGAUAAUGCUUAUAAUACUUAUUUGAACGUAUCAUUAUGUUAAGCGUGUCUGUUAUUUCAUUUACGAAAUGCUUAUGAAUCUUGAUACACUUAAAAUUCUAUUACACUUCUAUUACGUAUAAGAUGAAGUUAAGCUUAGAAGGUUUCCCAAAUCUCUUACUCAGCUCGACAAUAUCUCUUUUUCAUAUCAAAUUUGCUAGAUUUAUUUAAACAUGCUGUUCCUAAUAUUCACUUUCUUAUUAAAAAAAAAAAAGAGGAUAAUACGCGAACUUCUAAAUCAAAGCUAUCUUAAUUACAAAUGAAAUAAUCCGUUUCAUUAAAAUAUAUUCUUCAUUGAAAUAAUUAUUUCAACAUAGUAUAGACUGUAUUGAACAUUUGUAUGCGAUGUCUAUCAAAUGUUCUUCUUAACAAUUAUUUUGAAUAGCAACCAGCUCUCUAAAACGUAAGAUUUCAACAGCAGGACGCGCCCUCCCUAAAGCAGAAUUUGAUUACUUCGUAAUGCCACACAAGAGGAGAAGCAGCAAAGCGAUGGUCGCUUGAAACAUUUAUCAAACGGGAACACCAGUCGAAAUACCAGCUUCCGGGCGUGUUCCAUCAAAGCCGGUGUGCCACCCACGUUAGCGUGCAUCCGCGAAACCGCCAAACCGAGCAGUAUUAAAUUCCUCAGCGAUAACGAGAUUCUAAAUACUUUAAAGUCGCUCAAAGAGAAGGAAGGAACGAGAACGAAGCGGAGGAAGGGAAUAAAUCAAGCAUACAGAACUGGAUAAAACAAAAGGAGGAGAAAAAGAUAGAGGUAACAGUACCUGCAUCUGAAAAAGGAAGAUCGAAGCGUUGCUUCUUUUUCUCAUUUCUUUCUCCUCUAUAUUUUUUCUUUUUUUUUUUUUCUUUUCCUCGUCUUAUGAUAAAAGCAACGCGGAUAAAAAUAACGACGAACUGAGAACGAGACGAGGAUGAAAGGAAAACGCGAGAUUGGUCCCUGGCAGUUUUCCGGGCGGCCUUCGUUAUUAACGAUUAAUUACAUUUUUGUACCUAGCUGCUAGUUUUGUACUAGUUUUGUAACGUACCUCACCACCGGACGUGCUGUUAUUGCAUAUUUUAAGUGGUUGUUAAAACGGAAGGUUGAUCGAUCACCCACGAAUGUCCGGCGUCAUAAUGUGGUUGUGUACGAUCGAUGAUCGUCGCGAUGCUAAACCCGCGCUGCCUUGUGUGAUAAACAUGACAUUGGGACCUCGCGAAUAUUUCAUUUUCAUUCCGAAAGUUUUGACAGAGAAGCGAGUUUUCAACUAUAGACGCUGGAAACGGUCGAUACUUGCGCGUUUCUUCGACAUCCAUGAAACGGACUUGACGCGAAAUACGAGGAAACUCGUCGAUUGCGACGAUCCACUGAAACUUGCUUUCUCUCCCUCUCUCUUUCUCUCGCUCUCUGUCUAAGUUGUCCUUUGAAACGAUAUAUUUCUCUUCUGUUCGAUCUCUUUCGAGUAAUUGGAAUAAACGAAACGGAAUAAAAAGGUAACAAUAAUUGGUCGAUACAUUGCAUCGUGAUUAUCACAUGAGACACACAGGUUGCAAAGUACAAUAGUAUCUUGAGGUUUCACCUGACAGGCCGAGAGUGCUUUAAAGAGUCAUUUCAGCGCUGCAAAUGAAACAUCUAAAAAGAGAUAAUAAAAGGUAAAGAAAAAAAAGAGAAGAAGUAUUCUCGUUAAUUAAUAUCCAUUUAUUGUUACGAUAAUCUAUAUAUCUAGAACGAAAGAAGUAACUGGUUUGCGAAUUUAUCGAUUCUAAAAAUGUUCUAUUUGAUCGCUGAAAUACUCGAUCUUGCGCGCAAGCAAUCAAAAACACGAAUUAACUCGCAAGAAAAACUCGUUGUUAGGAUGCAAGCAUGCGUUUUAUUCACGCUUUGCCUGUUGUCUGUUUCAAUGUUUAGAUCGAUCGAUUUUUUCCACGCGUAUCAACGAGCGCUUUCGUUAAAUAAAAAGGAGAAGAUGUUGCGAUCGUGCGUGUUGUUAAUGAAGCGUUUAAUUUCGCGUGCUUUCAUCCUGCAUGCGUUGAUAACUUGCGAUCAGGACGCAGGAAACUCGAAUCACGGUGGAUUCUACGGUGCGAUUCUAGUUGUCCGAGCGCAAUGACGGGUGUACUACAUACGUCGUGAUACGAAUUCGACGAUAACGGUACAAUAUUAACGAUUAUUGUCCUAGCGCCAUAGAAUAGUAAGAUGAUAUUCCAAUAAUAAAUGGCGAGAUCGUAGAUAUCGCAAAUUUCACUCGAUAUACGACUCGGUAUAA